UAACGUGAUCUCAUCACAUUGUGGACAGGCCACUUGUGCUGUGUUAAGUGUGAACUGUUCAUUCUAUCAGCUCUUGUGCAGCCGUUGGUGGACUAAAUUUGUGAGCAGCAGAUCUGCGACCUCUCAUCACCUCCACCGGUGAGUGUGCACAUCUCUGAGUGCAGCAGAACUCGUGUCCCUUUGAGCCGCUACAGAACCACUCCAUUAGGAAACACCCAGGGACCAGAGGCCAGAGUCUUAGAGAGAAGGAUGGGGUCAGGAAAUGUCCCGCUGACAUGGCUCCUCAUUCUCGGCUUCACCACUGUUGCGUUGAAUCUGAACCCCGAUGACCCCAAUGUUUGCAGCCACUGGGAGAGUUACGCUGUGACAGUUCAGGAAUCCUACGCUCACCCAUUUGACCAGAUCUACUACACCAGAUGCACAGACAUUCUCAACUGGUUUAAGUGCACACGACACAGGAUCAGCUAUAAGACGGCUUACAGGCGGGGAGUGAGGACCAUGUAUAGGCGCCGCUCUCAGUGUUGCCCUGGUUACUUUGAGAGCGGAGACUUGUGUGUUCCUCUGUGUACAGAGGAGUGUGUGCAUGGCCGCUGCGUGUCUCCUGAUACGUGCCAGUGUGAGCCCGGAUGGGGAGGACUGGACUGCUCCAGUGGCUGUGAGAGUGACUUCUGGGGACCUCACUGCAGCAACCGGUGCCAGUGCCGAAACGAGGCCAAGUGCAACCCCAUCACCGGGGCUUGCGUCUGCACCGACGGGUACCAGGGAUGGCGCUGCGAGGAGCCCUGCGAGCACGGUUACUACGGCAAGUCGUGUCAGUUACCCUGCCAGUGUCUCAACGGAGCCACCUGUAACCACGAGACAGGAGAGUGCAUCUGUCCCUCUGGGUACACGGGAGCUUUCUGCGGAGAGAGCUGCCCCUCCGGUAGUCACGGGCCUCAGUGUGAGCAGCGCUGCCCCUGUCAGAAUGGAGGAACGUGCCASCACAUCACAGGAGACUGUUCCUGCCCCGCCGGCUGGACGGGUUCAGUGUGUGCCCAGCCCUGCCCUCUGGGUAAAUACGGCAUCAACUGCAGCAAAGACUGUUCGUGUCGUAACGGCGGCGUGUGCGACCACGUCACGGGGAAGUGCCACUGCGCAGCUGGCUUCAGCGGACGCAGGUGUCAAGAGGACUGUCCAGUGGGCACCUACGGCACGCAGUGUAACCAAAAGUGCGAGUGCCAGAAUGGUGCCAAGUGUCACCACAUCAAUGGAGCUUGUCUGUGUGAAACAGGUUUUAAAGGCCCCAAUUGUCAAGAAAGAUUCUGUCCUCCGGGCUUGUACGGUCUCAUCUGUGACAAGUUCUGCCCCUGUAAUACCUCCAACACCGUCAGCUGCCAUCCUCUUUCUGGUGAAUGCACUUGCUCUGCGGGAUGGACGGGGCUUUACUGUAAUGAGACCUGUACGCCUGGGUACUACGGCGACGGAUGCAGUCUGUUCUGCAGCUGCACCAACGGCGCCGACUGUCAUCCUGUCACAGGUGUCUGUACCUGCGCUGCUGGCUUCAUGGGGGAGGACUGUGACACAAUGUGCCCUCAGGGUGUAUUUGGGCCGAGCUGCAUGUCCACUUGUUCCUGCCACAACCAUGCGUCCUGCUCUCCAAUCGAUGGCUCCUGCACCUGCAAGGAAGGCUGGCAGGGCGUGGACUGCUCCAUCCCUUGUUCCAGUGGCACGUGGGGCUCGGGCUGUAACCAAACAUGCUCCUGCAGCAACGGCGCUGCAUGCGACCCCGUGGAUGGCACCUGCUCUUGUUCUKCUGGGUGGAGAGGGGAGCGCUGUGACGAGUCCUGUGCUGACGGCACCUACGGGUUGGAGUGUCGCGAACACUGUGACUGCAGCCACGCUGAYGGCUGCGACCCCGUUUCCGGCUCGUGUCGUUGCUUCCCUGGAUGGACAGGAAUCCACUGUGAUAAUGUGUGCCCACAAGGCUUCUGGGGACCCAACUGUUCAGUCAGCUGUUCCUGUCAGAAUGGCGGGUCCUGCUCUCCCGAGGACGGCACAUGUGUGUGCGCACCUGGAUACAGAGGCACCACGUGCAAAAGAAUCUGCUCUCCAGGGUUCUACGGCCACCGCUGUAGCCAGUCGUGUCCACAGUGUGUGCACAGCACCGGCCCGUGCCAUCACGUCACCGGCCACUGUGAGUGCCUCUCUGGCUUCACGGGUUCUCUGUGCAACCAAGCCUGUCCCUCUGGGCACUGGGGCCCCGAUUGUCUCAACUCGUGUAACUGCAACAACGGAGCCCAGUGCAGCGCCUACGAUGGGGAGUGCAGGUGCAGCCCUGGUUGGACUGGUCUCUACUGCACGCAGAGCUGUCCUUCAGGGUUCUACGGAAAGGACUGCGCCGAAGUCUGCCAUUGCCAGAACGGCGCCGACUGUGACCACAUCACUGGCCAGUGUGUUUGCCGAACGGGCUUCAUUGGGAAUAGCUGUGAGCAGAAGUGUCCCGCAGGUACAUUUGGAUACGGCUGCCAGCAGCUGUGUGAGUGCCUGAACAAUGCUACCUGUGACUAUGUGACUGGAACAUGCUACUGCAGCUCUGGAUAUAAAGGCAUCCGCUGCGAUCAAGCAGCUCUGAUGAUGGAGGAGCUCAACCCGUACACUAAGAUUAGCCCGGCACGGGGCUCCGAGCGCCAAUCGGCGGGGGCCGUCAUGGGCAUCAUCUUUCUGCUCCUCAUCAUCAUGGCCAUGCUUAGUCUGUUUGUGUGGUACAGGCAGAGGCAGAGGGACAAGGGUCACGAGAUUCACCCCAGCGUGUCCUACACACAGGCAAUGCAGAUUAACAACACGGACUAUUCUCUGUCUGAGUGUGGCAGUACUGGAGCGAUGAGGACCAGUGGAUCUGAGAUCAGUCAGAGCCAGAACAGCACCAGCAGCAGUAGCCAGUGCUUCUCCAACCCCAGUUACCACACCGUCGCCCAGUGUAACGUGGUCUCAACCAUUUCCAGCAACCUGGACGGCACUCUGACGCUCAAAUCAGGCACGUUGAAGGGCAGAAACAGCUCUGAAUGGAGAGCCUACUGCAGUCGUAAUGACAUAGAGGUUCAGCAGGGUGACGUACAAACACAAAGAGGCUCAAGAAAAGUUUCUGCAGAUUACAUCAAAAGCUCCAUGUGCAGCAACAGCUCCUGCUCCCUGAACGGUGAUAAUCCAUACGCCACCAUUAGAGACCCACCCAAGUUGGCAUGCAAGCACACAGAGAACAGCUACGUGGAGAUGAAAUCCCCCUCCCACCGUGAAGUGCCCUUCGGAGGUACCGCCACCCUCUUGGGCACUGUGAGCAGGAACAUCUAUGAAGUUGAACCAACUGUGAACAUCCUGCAGGGACCCAAUGGAAUGGCCACCGGCUUCUCCCAGACGCCCUAUGACCUUCCCUGCAGCAGCCACCUCCCCAGCCACUAUGACAUUCUGCCCAUGCAUCACAGCCCCAAACACACACCCCCACCACCUCCAGAAAGCCCCAGUUCUUUGCUCUAAAAUGCCCUCUCUCCUUCCAUGGGGGGGCCUGGACAGCCAACAUGCCCUCCCUUCGUCUGUGUGUGUGUAYGCUCAAUGAGAUACUGAGAUUCUGUGGUUGAGAUGAACCCCUCCGGACCAUCGUCUCAUUGGCUCUCUUUUUCUGUGACCCUGAAGGAAGUGAGAGGGAGGAACCAGUGCCCCCGCCCCCCUACAUACACACACACCAGCGACCAUUCGCCCAUUUUAUUCUCUUCUAUAAGUGAUCACUCAAACUGCUGCCUGGCCUUUUUAUGGUCCCCCCUGAAGUGGAACGUUAUUGUUCCAAACACUGCUUACGGCAGUUAUAUGAACUGAGUGGACAGUUUCUUUACAGGGAGAGCUAUCCUCGCGCUCAUUUUUAUCCCUUGAUUUAUGUUCAUUAUUGCAAACCAGCCGUGUGUUUGUAAUAUCCCCCAUGCAGAAGUGAUGGUCUCCUCAGGAAGGAAAGUAAAGCAGCGCUGAAUGUGUGAAAGAGGGCAAAGAUUCAUUGUGUACAAAGUAUCCAGUUAUAUGAAUUUGAAGAGAACAGCAGAGCGAACACAAACUGCUUCCAGUCAGAAGUGAAGAAAUGUCAAGGCGAAAGAAAAUAUUAAUCCGUCCUAAAUAUUCCGAUACGGGAACUGGGCUGAGAGAGAAACAAGAGAAAGCAUGGAUAAAGAGAAAAAAGUGUUGUAAUGGAUCUGUAUUCACUGUUACCCAGUAAUGAUCACACAGUUAAUGCUAAUGUAAGCUAAGUUUUGUUGUUAAUGAGGCCAUGUGUAUUUGGACAUGUAUUCAGGUCAUGAGUGUUCAUGCAUUUCUUAAAGCGUUACACAAAAACAAUCUCGAGCUUUUAUUUUCUUUCACCACACAAAUAAGUGCUACAAUCUUUUGUUCUUUUCCACGUAACUGCGUUUUCUUUUUUUUUUUUAGAAUAUUGGAUGUUAAAUGAUUGCUUUGAUAUUUUCUGGUUUGUAUUUAAAAAGCUAAUUACUAAUUUACAUAUUAAUUUAUAUUACCAAUUAUGUAUUUUUAAAUCAAUGUGAUUAUAAUAAAAAAGGACGAAGAAAAAAGAUGAGCAUGAUCAGAUAAUGGAUACCCACUGAUGUAGAUAACACAAUUUAUCUUGUGAGAUUAGCUGUGUCAUUCUGUGAGCUGUUUUUGAAGUCACAUCAAAUGUUCUUUAUUAAAUUGUAGAUUUGAAAAAAAAAA